AGUGUGGGAGGUCAGGAGCAGCCAGUUCCUCCUGGGAAUGCAACCCAUCUCCGAAAAGGAAGAUCACAUUCCUCUGCUGAUUCAGCAUCACUAGAGCUCCAAGUGAGUUCUGAUCAGAGGCUGUUUGGAAGACAGCAGAGGCCAUGACCACCCUCUCUCCUGAAAACAGCCUCUCUGCCAGACAGUCAGCCUCCUUCAUCCUGGUGAAGAGAAAACCACCCAUUGACAAGACAGAAUGGGACAGCUUCUUUGAUGAGAACGGCCACUUGGCCAAGUCACGGGACUUCAUUUGUGUUAACAUCCUGGAAAGGGGUCUGCACCCCUUCGUGAGGACUGAAGCCUGGAAGUUCCUCACGGGCUACUUCUCAUGGCAGAGUUCCCAGGAUGAGCGGCUCACGGUGGACAGCAUGAGGAGGAAGAACUACAAGGCCUUAUGCCAAAUGUAUGAGAAGAUUCAGCCCCUUCUGGAAAACCUGCACCGGAACUUCAUAGAGACUCGCAAUAACAUUGCACGUGACAUUCAGAAACUCUACGACAAAGACCCCCUGGGCAACGUCCUCAUCGACAAGAAGAGGCUAGAGAAGAUCCUGCUCCUGAGUUACGUCUGCAACACGCAGGCAGAGUACCAGCAGGGCUUCCAUGAGAUGGUGAUGCUCUUCCAGCUGAUGGUGGAGCACGACCACGAAACCUUCUGGCUUUUCCAGUUCUUCCUGCAGAAAACGGAACACAGCUGUGUCAUCAACAUUGGCGUGAGCAAGAACCUAGACAUGCUCAGCACCCUGAUCACCUUCCUGGACCCCAUGUUUGCUGAGCACCUAAAAGGGAAGGGUGCAGGAGCUGUGCAGUCUCUCUUCCCCUGGUUCUGCUUCUGCUUCCAGCGUGCCUUCAAGUCCUUCGAUGACGUCUGGAGGCUCUGGGAGGUUCUGCUGACGGGGAAGCCCUGCAGGAACUUCCAGGUGCUGGUGGCCUACAGCAUGCUACAGAUGGUGCGGGAGCAGGUGCUGCAGGAAAGCAUGGGCGGGGACGACAUCCUCCUGGCCUGCAACAAGCUCAUUGACCUUGAUGCUGAUGAGCUGAUCUCCGCUGCCUGCGUGGUUUAUGCUGAGCUCAUCCAGAAGGAUGUUCCUCAGACAUUAAAGGAUUUCUUCCUCUGAGGACACCAAAGCCCACAGUGGACCGAUGCCCUCGAUAGGCAGGAUGAAGGUCAGGGGCACUGGAGUGAGGGAGUAGAUGAAACAGCUGCAAUAUAAACAGUCCUCUGGAAUAA